AUGAAGAUAAGAGAAGAAAGCGACUUUGAUGAACGGAAUCAUCGCACGAGAAGAAAGCUCAACACCUCCGGCAGAUUCGGAUGGCAAGAAGUUGUGCUUGUCGAUGACAACCUUUGUGGUGCUUCCCCACUCCUUUUGAAGUCCAUCGAGGCACUCUGGCAAGAGUUGCUCAACAAGACGGAGAUCCUUCUCACGGCAACGAAGAACGACUUCCUUUUCGAGCAAUUGAAGAAGUCCUUGCAUGACAAGUCCCUUCAAGAUAGCUGGGUAACGGGCAGCGUCUCCUGA